GCCAUCACUCCCACACACCUGCAGGGAAAAGGCUCCCAUCGAUGCGCUCCGCCGCUCUGCUCCCCACGCCUGGUCCUUGCCCAUUCGUGCCCCUUCCCCCUCCCGGCCGCUUCCCACUUCCAAGAUGGCCGCGGGUGGAGCCGAUCAGUUUCUCCUUGGACCAAGAUGACUGAUGGAAACCUUUCCACUUCCACAAAUGGCAUAGCCUUGAUGGACAUUCUGGAUGCUCAUCAGGGAAAACCCCUUCAGAACCUGCAGCAAGUGAAUGCCAAGGGGUCCAGAUCCCUCUCAACACCUGAGUACGGGCCCAAGUUGAAACUUGGUGCUUCAGAAGACCGGCACAGCCUUCAGUCAGUGGACUCUGGCAUUCCUACCUUGGAGGUUGGCAACCCAGAACCUGUCCCCUGUAGUGUGGCCCUUGUGAAGAGGAAGCAGUCGGAGUCAGAGCUUGUCCCUGAGCGGGCCUUCCAGAGUGCAUGCCCACUACCAUCUUGCACACCUCUGGCUCCCACCAGUGCAGAGCGUGAGCAGACUGUGCGGAAGUCCUCCACAUUUCCCAGGACAGGCUAUGACUCAGUGAAGCUCUAUAGUCCCACCUCCAAAACCCUGAACCGUAGUGAUGAUGUCUCCAUCUGUAGUGUGUCUAGUCUUGGCACAGAGCUGUCCACCACGCUGUCUGUCAGCAAUGAGGACAUCUUGGACCUCAUGGUCACGAGCAGCUCCAGUGCCAUUGUGACCCUGGAGAAUGACGAUGACCCACAGUUUACUGACGUCACCCUGAGCUCCAUCAAGGAGAGCAGUGACCUGCACCAGCAGGGCUGGGCUGAUGGAACCGAGGAGGGGAGUAAACUGAGGAUACUGGCACCAUUUAGUAGCUUCUUUACAAGGAAUUUGCUUGCUAGAAAACAAAAUGCACGACUUGACAAACAAAAUGACUCGGGAUGGAAGUUAUUUGGAAAAGUGCCACUCCGAGAGAAUGCUCAGAGAGAGCCAAAGAGAAUGCAAAAGGAAUAUGAAGACAAAGCUGGAAGACCUAGCAGGCCACCCUCUCCAAGGCAGAAUGUGAGGAAGAAUCUUGAUUUUGAGCCACUUUCUACCACUGCACUCAUCCUUGAAGACAGACCAGCAAACCUCCCAGCAAAACCUGCUGAAGAAGCCCAGAAGCACAGGCAGCAGUAUGAAGAAAUGGUGGUACAGGCCAAGAAGCGAGAGCUUAAGGAAGCCCAGCGGAGGAAAAAGCAACUGGAGGAAAGAUGCAAAGUAGAAGAAAACAUUGGAAACGCCGUCCUCACCUGGAAUAACGAGAUCUUGCCCAACUGGGAAACCAUGUGGUGCUCUAGGAAAGUUCGAGAUCUGUGGUGGCAGGGAAUCCCUCCGAGCGUGAGGGGCAAAGUCUGGAGCUUAGCCAUCGGCAACGAGUUGAACAUCACCCACGAGCUCUUUGACAUCUGUCUUGCCCGGGCCAAGGAGCGGUGGCGGUCUCUCAGCUCGGGAGGCUCAGACGUGGAGAGUGAAGAUGCUGGGUUUUCAGCCGCUGACAAAGAGGCCAGUCUGGAGCUUAUUAAACUGGACAUUUCUAGAACGUUUCCUAAUCUCUGCAUUUUCCAGCAAGGUGGCCCGUAUCAUGACAUGUUGCACAGUAUUUUGGGCGCUUAUACUUGUUACCGACCGGAUGUGGGCUAUGUUCAGGGCAUGUCCUUCAUAGCAGCAGUGUUGAUCUUGAACCUCGACACUGCAGAUGCCUUUAUUGCUUUUUCUAAUCUCUUGAAUAAACCCUGUCAGAUGGCGUUUUUCCGAGUGGACCAUGGCCUUAUGUUGACUUAUUUCGCUGCAUUUGAGGUAUUCUUUGAAGAAAAUUUGCCGAAAUUAUUUGCUCAUUUCAAGAAAAACAACUUAACUCCAGACAUCUACCUAAUAGAUUGGAUCUUCACCUUGUACAGUAAGUCUCUGCCCCUGGACUUGGCCUGCCGCAUCUGGGACGUGUUCUGUCGGGAUGGGGAGGAGUUCCUCUUCCGAACGGCCCUGGGCAUCCUGAAGCUGUUUGAGGACAUCCUGACAAGGAUGGACUUCAUCCACAGUGCCCAGUUCCUGACCAGGCUGCCCGAGGACCUGCCAGCAGAUGAGGUGUUUGCGGCCAUUGCUACAGUCCAGAUGCAAAGUCGGAACAAGAAGUGGGCACAGGUGCUGGCUGCGCUGCAAAAAGACAGCCGGGAAAUGGAGAAAGGAAGCCCGUCCCUCAGACACUGAGGCUGCAGAUGUGACCCCCACUGGCACUGAGGCAGGUCUCAGGUGGCACCUGUGUGCUCUCAGACCCACCCCGGCAGUGGCAGCAGAGGAGCAGGCACGCUCUGUUCAUGUUGAUUCCUGACGCUGGAGUUGGCCUUAAACAAACAGCAAAAUCCAGGCUUAGCCUUAAGCAGCUCAGGGGCUGGUGCCCUGGGGGCUGCAGCCAG